AUGGUGGUGCCUUUGCAUAAGCGUAGUCUACGCUAUGCAUGGAAACCAUACCUUCAAUUACGUCUACGUGCAGUAUUAGGAACUGGAGCAGCUCUUAUGCUCUUGUUUCUAGUGUUUUCUCGUCUGUCUCUCGAAAUUCCAACGCCAUCUCUUGUGGUCAUACGUGAACCUUCCGAUGUCGUCCAGACGCAGCCCACGGACGUCACAGCACCAAUUAAAGAUGACGAAGGCAUUAACAUGGAUGUAAAGGAAAAAAUAGAAGCUGAUGUGGAGUCUGUAGACUCUUUAUCAACACUAGAGAAUGUGACGCAAGUGCCGCUAGUGCUACGACUAUUGCUGCCUCUUAUCGCUGGCUUCUGCUUCGGUUUCUUGGGUUCAGUGCCUAUUGCUGGACCUACAUCGGCUAUGGUACUGAGACUUGGUAUUCAAGGAAAAUACACAGCGGGAUUGACGAUUGCAGUUGGCGGAGCAAUAUCGGAAGGGACGUAUGCUGGUAUUGCAUUUUGGGGUUUUGGAAGCUUCUUGGCUGGGUUCAAGUCUUUAUUGCCAGUGUCCAAAGUGCUUGGAGCAGUCAUGUUCACACUGAUAGGCUUAGUGUUCUUAAAGGCAGACAUGAAACCAUCAUUAGACUCGGAUAUUGAAGCGUGUAAUGGAAAAGUGGUGCAACGCCCACAGAGCGAAGUGUUGAAGAAUAUCCUCAUGGGAGUCACUAUGUCGGGAAUUAAUCCAGCUUUGCUUGCGUCCUACACUGGUGCAAUUGCAUCAGUGUAUGGCACUGGUAUGCUUGAGUUUACGGUAUUCUUGGCUGUCAUAUUUUCAAUUGGUGUUUGUUUUGGCGUUUCGACGUGGUUUUACUUGCUACUUUCGCUCUUGAAAAAGUACAAGCAGCGUUUGAAAGAUCAAACGAUUGAUUUAAUAAUGCGUGGACUAGGCUGUUUUCUGCUUACACUAGGCAUUUUGUGUGCAAAGUCAUCAAUUGACUAUUUUUUGUUGGCAUCAUCAGAGACGAAGUAA